GUUGUCUUUGGACGGAGGCUGACGUCCUUCUCAGCAGUAGCCCUCAGCCAGCUGCAGCAUGAGAAGAAAUACGACAUUUAUUUUACGGACGGCGAGGUGUACGCGCUGUACAGGAAGCUGCUGCAGCAUGAAUGCUCUUUGUGUCCAGACCUGAAGCCGUUCAACACCUUUGCAGAUCUGGAACAGCACAUGAGGAAGCAGCAUGAACUCUUCUGUUGCAAACUCUGUGUUAAACACCUACAGAUUUUCACUUAUGAAAGGAAGUGGUACACUCGGAAGGACCUCGCCCGCCACCGCAUCCACGGGGACCCCGAUGACACCUCCCACCGUGGGCACCCCCUCUGCAAGUUCUGUGACGAGAGGUACCUGGACAACGACGAGCUGCUGAAGCACCUCCGGAGGGAUCACUACUUCUGCCAUUUCUGUGACUCCGAGGGGGCUCAGGAGUACUACAG